ACGAUCACAGCCAUGCAAAGGGCACUGCUAUUAACGGUGACUUUGGUCGGAAUCAUCGCCGGAGCAGCGGCGCAGAACUGCGGCUGCGCGGCAGGGCUGUGCUGCAGUAGGUUUGGAUUCUGCGGUACCGGUGACGAUUUCUGCGGGACAGGAUGCAGAGAAGGCCCCUGCAACAUCCCGCCUCUUACCCCCAGUGUGAACGACGUCGUUGUGGCUGAUUUCGUGACGGAGGAGUUCUUCAACGGCAUUAUUAACCAGGCGGAUGCUGGUUGCGCCGGUCGGGGAUUCUACAGCAGAGCAACUUUCCUUGAAGCCCUCCAAUCGUUUGACCGAUUUGGAAGAAUCGGGUCCGUUGACGAUUCGAAGAGAGAAAUCGCCGCCUUCUUCGGCCAUGUUACUCACGAGACUGGACAUUUGUGCUUCAUUGAAGAAAUAGAUGGGGCAACAAAGGAUUACUGCGACGAAGAGAACACCCAAUAUCCGUGCAACCCAAACAAGGGGUAUUUCGGGAGAGGCCCAAUCCAGCUAUCGUGGAACUUCAACUACGGGCCCGCAGGGGAGAGCAUCGGGUUCGAUGGGCUCAACAACCCAGAAAUAGUGGCAACCAACCCCGUGGUGUCCUUCAAGACCGCUCUCUGGUACUGGAUGAACUUCGUGAGGCCGGUCAUAAACCAGGGCUUCGGCGCCACCAUUCGGGCCAUCAAUGGCGCCCUGGAAUGCGACGGCGCUAACUCUGCCACCGUUCAACGACGGGUCGAGUACUACACUCAGUACUGUAACCAACUCGGAGUUGCCCCUGGAGAUAAUUUGACUUGUUAGAUCAUUAAUUAAGUUUCUUAAUUGUCUUAGAACAUUAAUAAAUUUGUAUGAUCCAUACA